GGGUUUGUCAUGCAACCUGUUAGAGCUGUGUUUACUAUCGAGUGUGGAGGAGUCUUACUUUUAACAGUUUGUGUUUUAACAAUCAACCUCGUCUUUACUAGCGCGCCAAACCGUUUAUCUCCGUUGAUGAUACAAUAUCUGUCGGUCUCAAACAAGCAGUUAUUAAGUGCAAGGAACAAUCGCAAUUAGGCAAAGUCUGUUCAGAUAAUUAUGUGGAAAAUAAACUGGGUAUUGGGCCGAAUAAAAGUUUGUAGAAUUCAAAAGACUUUGAUGGUUGACGUCAAUUGAAAAAAAUUGAGUGGUUGGGGAAGUACACAUUCCAAAGUGUGUGCAUACCAUUCUCGUUUUGGUGACAUUGAGUGGCUUGAACUUUUAGUUAAGUGUCCGGUACUGUGGUGUGCAACGGUGGACUCCAAAUAUCGAUUAAAUGGAAUAGAAACAAGUGACGAGAUACAAUGGAGAAACAAGAGAAUGGUCAUGAUAAGGAUCAGAUGCUUGGCAUAACAGCGAGUAAAGACAGUGGUUUGGAAAUUGAGGAUAUUGAAAAAGCAGAUAAUGGAACUUUCGUGUCAAAAGAAGUGGAGGAGGAGGAGGAACCAGAUAAAACAUUUCUAGAUACUAUACGACACAAUAUACACAGGCAUAGGCGAAUAAUUAAACAAGUAUCCUUUGGUCUUAUUCACGUAGUAGUAGGUGUUUACUUUGGAUUUGCUUCAAAUCAUUAUAUUGUGUCGGAGGAUUCAAACAGUUCAGAGAUUGACGAAGAAGGCAGGUGUUGGGGAAAAUGCGGUAUACAAUUUUGCGAUGGAUAUGGAAUGCUUGUGCUUUUAGUGGGUUUUAUCUACUUUGGACUUUUCUACUAUUUUAUCUUUAAACCUUAUGUUGGAAAGCCGCUUUAUAAGCGUCUAGUUCGAUUUUGCAAGGAAAGACUGAGUUUCUUAGGUAACAGCAGGAUAAUAAAACUGAUUCUCGUGCUCCUGGUUUUAGCUGCUUUGGCGAUUUUCUUAUAUUUCGAAACAAAGGACACGCCUGAGAAACUAACAUCCCUAACGGCACCUGUCGUGUUUCUUUUAUGCGGAUAUAUUUUUUCAACAGAUCGACAAGCAAUAAAGUGGCGCCCUGUUAUCCUGGGUCUCAUUGCACAGUUUUUAUUGGGUGUAGUCUGCAUCAGAUGGGAGGUCGGACGCAGUAUAUUCCAAUGCCUUGGAGACAAAGUGGCUACAUUCCUCCAUUUCACAAAUAAUGGAAGCAAAUUCGUUUUCGGAGAUCAAUUGAUCAAUGAUCAAAUUUUUGCAUUUGCCAUUUUGCCUGUUAUCUUCUUCUUCAGCUUCUUCAUAUCCAUUUUGUAUUAUCUGAAAGUAAUGCAAUGGGUUAUCAUGAAGCUGGGUUGGAUUUUGCAAACGAUGCUCGGAACAACAGUGUGCGAAAGUGUUAUUGCAGCGGCAAAUAUAUUUUUGGGGAUGAGUGAAAGUCCGUUGUUAGUUCGUCCUUAUUUGAAACUCCUAACGCACUCAGAGUUGCAUGCGAUUAUGUCGUCUGGAUUUGCCACAGUCUCAGGGACAGUUUUAGCCGCGUAUAUGUCGUUUGGUGCCGAUCCUGCACUUUUAAUUACCUCUAGUGUCAUGGCUGCACCGGGCGCUUUGGCUAUUGCCAAAUUAUACUUCCCAGAGAGCGAGGAAAGCAAAACUAAGUCCAGCAACAUAGAAAUGGCAGCUUCUGAGGAUUCCUCAAUUUUGGAUGCUGCUUCCAAAGGUGCUGCUAAUGCCAUCGAAAUUGUCCUUGGAAUCAUAGCGAAUUUGGUUGCAUUCGUGUCGUUUAUUGCCUUUAUUAAUGCCGUGGUUGCUUGGCUCGCAUACUUGGUGGGUCAAGAGGAUAUCACAUUUGAAUGGAUUUUCGCCAAACUUUUCAUUCCACUUGCUUGGAUGCUUGGAAUUGAGUGGGCCGAUUGUGAUAUAGUUGCAAAAGUUAUUGCAUCGAAAACAAUAAUAAAUGAGUUCGUAGCAUACGAACGGCUGGGACACUAUAAAGAUUUAAAAGCAAUUACACCAAGAAGUGUGGGCAUAACCACAUUCGCUAUAUGCGGUUUCGCUAAUCCUAGCUCCUUGGGAAUCUUGAUAGGAACACUGUCAGCUAUGGCGCCUCAAAGGAGAUCUGUGAUCACUGGAGUGGCCGUUCGCGCUUUUAUCGUUGGUUGCAUCAUUUGCUUUAUGUCAGCCAGUUUUGCAGGUCUUCUUAUUACUGAGGAGAUGCUUGCAGACAUGCAAGGUACUACUACACCAGCGCCUUCUGUUAAUUCUACACAAAGCUUGAUUUAAUUGUGUACAAGUCAUGAAUAAUUAAUUUUAAGGUAUUAAAGAGAAUAUUUAUAUUUAGA